AUGGGUAUUAAAGGUUCUCAAAAAUACUUAACAAAAAACAAGCUAAGCAAAGAUUUGAAAUAUCUCGGUACAAUCGAAAACAAAACAAUUCAUUGUGAUGGUGCGCCAUUUCUCGCACUUAGUAUCAACAAAUAUUCAACAAGCAAUUCAAUCUAUCAAACAUUAGUUCAAAAUGCUAUAGAUCGUAUUCAACAAUUCAUUGAUCUUCGUUUUGAGAAUAUUUAUUUCUAUUUAGAUGGUUUUGGAAACAGUGAUGAUAAUGGCAGUGAUAUUAAAGAGCGUGAGGACCCACGCAAGAGUGAUUUGGAUAACUUUAUGUCCACAGGUGGUGAUUAUCAUUUGCAUGUAUGGGCGUUCGAGGCACUAUUCCACAAAUUGGUUGCAUAUGGCGAAAAGCUAAAUGUGAACAUUGAAUUCAAACGUUCAAUCUCCGAGGCUGAUGAAGAUGUUAUGGACCAUUCAAACAAAUUUCAAGUUGACGGCACUCACAAGUACGUCUUUGGUGAUGUCGACUAUGCUUUCAUGGGUGACUUGAGUCAAAAACUCAUCGUCAUCUACUAUGAUCAGAAAGACAAACGUCUGAAAUGGUUCGAUCGAUUCGAAUUAUUUAAGAAAAUGUUUGGAGACAAAUAUAAAGAAAAGACGAUAUUAUCAUUUAUCCAAAUCACAAAGAACGAUUAUAAUCGAGGAACAGGUAUAGAUAUGAAUGAGGCCAUCAAAUUAGCGAAAUCGAACAGUGGUACGGAUUCUGAUAUCUAUAGCAAGAUCAAAGAUAUCUAUUCAUUAACGUCUUUAGAAGAAAAGGUAGUUCGCUUCAAAGAUAACGGGAUGGCCAAGUGUUACACUGAUUACACCGAUUAUCUCUAUCCUGACUUUUUGAUCAAUAGAACAAAGUUCCUCUCCGAUGCUAAAAAAGGUUAUUGUUAUAAAACCUUAGUCGACAAGCUCGGAGAUAAUAGCUUCACAGACCAAGAGGUUAAAACUUUUUUUAAAGCUAUUUUCUAUCAACACAAUGGAGUUGUGUCACUGGUAGCCGAGAAAAUUCUAUAA